ACCCAGUGUUCUGUGCACCAUUGGCAGCUGUGCGCCGGCGCAGUCAGUGUACAAAACUGGUGAAGUCGAGUGUUCAGUGUUUGUAAGGGAGGAUGAGGUGAAGAAACCGAUUGUUGGAAAUGGCUUCAGGUGACAUGGUACCUGAGCAUGCCAAGCAACACAAGCUGAAGGAAAAGAAGCCACAGGCAAAGUCCCUGGAAGGGGAAUCGGAGGCCGAUGGCGCAUUCACUUUCGAGGCUCACGAAGCUUGGAAAGAUUUUCACAACUCUCUGCGCCAAUUUUACGAAGCAAGGGAACUUUGUGACAUCACGCUAAAGAUCGGCAGUAAGCUGAUACCAUGCCACAAGCUGGUACUGGCCUGCGUGAUCCCCUACUUCAAGGCAAUGUUCCUAUCUGACAUGGCUGAAGCCAAGCAGGACCUGGUUGAGAUCAAAGACUUUGACGCAGAUGCCAUCAGGGACUUAGUGAAGUUUGCCUAUUCUUCCAAGCUCACCCUGACUGUGGACAACGUGCAGCCGCUGCUCUAUGCAGCCUGCAUCCUCCAGGUGGAGCUGGUGGCCAGGGCCUGCUGCGAGUACAUGAAGGCCCACUUCCACCCAUCCAACUGCCUGGCUGUGCGGACCUUUGCCGAGAGCCACAACCGGGUGGAUCUGAUGGACAUGGCGGACCGCUACGCCUGCGAGCACUUCAACGAGGUGGUGGAGUGCGAGGACUUCCCCUGCGUCUCCCCGCAGCACCUGCGCACCCUGCUCUCCUCAAGUGACCUCAGCAUCGACAACGAGAAGCAGGUCUACAGCGCAGCCGUCAAGUGGCUCAAGGCCAACCCACAGCACCACGACGCCUGGCUGGAUGAGAUCCUUUCACAGGUUCGUUUGCCUCUACUGCCUGUGGACUUCCUCAUGGGAACUGUGGCCAAAGAAGAGAUGAUCAAACAAAACCUGAACUGCCGGGACCUGCUGGAUGAGGCCAGAAACUACUACCUUCACCUGAGCAACACAGCUGUGCCAGACUUCGAGUACUCCAUACGCACCACCCCCAGGAAACACACAGCCGGCGUCCUGUUCUGUGUGGGCGGGAGGGGGGGAUCUGGGGACCCUUUCCGCAGCAUCGAAUGUUACUCAGUCAGCAUGAACAGCUGGUUCUUCGGCCCAGAGAUGAACAGCAGACGGCGACAUGUGGGCGUGAUCUCAGUAGGAGGUAAAGUCUAUGCGGUCGGGGGACAUGAUGGCAACGAGCAUUUAGGUAGUAUGGAAAUGUUCGACCCGGCGAAUAAUAAAUGGAUGAUGAUGGCUUCAAUGAACACAAAACGGAGAGGUAUUGCUUUAGCUGCAUUGGGAGGACCUAUCUAUGCAAUCGGGGGACUGGAUGACAAUUCCUGCUUCAAUGACGUGGAGAGAUACGAUCUUGAGUGUGACCGGUGGAGUGCUGUAGCUCCCAUGAACACUCCCAGAGGGGGAGUUGGCUCUGUGGCACUGGGGACCCAUGUGUAUGCUGUGGGAGGAAAUGACGGUGUGGCCUCCUUGUCUAGUGUAGAGCGGUAUGACCCCCACCUGGACAAGUGGACAGAAGUGAAGGAGAUGGGGCAGCGGAGGGCUGGCAAUGGAGUUGGCGAGCUGAAUGGCUGCUUGUAUGUAGUGGGCGGGUUUGAUGACAACUCCCCUCUGAGCUCUGUGGAGCGAUUCGACCCUCGCACUAAUUGCUGGGAGUAUGUGGCAGAGCUCACCACGCCACGUGGAGGGGUUGGAGUGGCCACAAUAAUGGGGAAAAUCUUCGCUGUGGGGGGGCAUAAUGGAAAUGUCUACCUAAACACAGUGGAGGCCUAUGAUCCUGUACUUAACAGGUGGGAGCUGGUUGGCUCAGUCUCUCAUUGCCGGGCUGGGGCUGGCGUUGCUGCGUGCUCCUGUCAUGUCAGCCAGAUCCGCUUUGUGGGUCAAGGAUCCAGCAAUGUUGCGGACUGCAUGUGAACCGGCAUCCACAUCCAUGUCUGCUUUAGUCUUUGUUGGGGAGAAUUUGCAUAGUAGGGCAUAUCGUAAUCUUUAACAACGCAAUAUGCUUGCCGUUGCAAAAACUAAAAUAAAACACACCACUUGUAGUUUAACAUAGGAAAACUCUCCACCACCUGCAAAGCGAGAGCUUCACAAAUAUAGAAGACAUUUUGGUCUUCUGUAUGAAAUGUGAUGCAUUGAUUAGGAACCUAGUGAAAAAUAUGUGUUCUUACAAGGACAUUACGCUGGUAGUAAUCGCUGCCUUUUAGAUGCAUGCCAAUUCAGGAUUGCUGGGAUAUUUGGCUUGCAAAAAGAGCACAUUUCACAAUGUGGGGGGAAAUAUAUUUUUGUAUUUUCCAAAUAGUCAACACAUACUGUAUAUAUUUAGCCUGUUUGUUUUAUUCUCAGAAUAGAUUCAGGGUCACAAUAAUAUGUGUUUUUAAAACAAUGGAAAAACUCUUUUGAAUGUUUAAAAUGUUUGCUGUUUUUGCCACUGCUUUAGAUCUUGUAUACACCCCAUACAUUUUUUUUUCUCUGAUCUAAUUCAAGCUUCGUUCCUGAUCUUGCCUCUACAGUGAGACCAGUUCUAAGAUACAUAUGAAGUGAUGCUUUUUGUUUUUAUUUUACAUCAGCAUUUUAUUUGAGACUGAGAAAAGCAGGCUUGUCUAUGUAAAAGAAGCUCAACACACAAUGGCAAAAAGAGUAUUUUUGUAAACUGCUGAAAGUGUUCUACACAAUGGCUUUUGUGCUGUUUUAUUUGCUGUUAGUGUUCAGGAACAGAAGAAUAUUUAAUAUAUGCUUAACCUAUUAAUGCCACUUGCAGACAAGAAUUCCAUUAUCGAUCCUGAUUUGGAAUGUGUGAUUUAAUGAUGUGAUUGGGGUGAUUUACCAUAUACUUAGGGAGAUGCUGGACACCAGAACUGUAGAUUAUUUCAGCACAAUUCACCAUUGAGUUGGUUAUGUCACUUUAAACAAUUCCUAAUUUAUCAGAAAAUGAACUGUGUGUGACUCAGUUUUUAGUUAGAAAACUUUCAGUUGGAUUGAGUUGGUUGGGUUGGAUUCAGUUCUGGGUUUGAUAGUUCAGCUAAAGGAUUCAUAUAUGAUACACUAGAAAUAUUUUAAUAGUAAUAAAUACAUUGUGGCCUCUGGCUGUAAAUAAAUACAACACGGUUCUUCAGAUGCACUAUUCCCAGUUUAUUGUUUUUUUUUUAAAUAUGUAAUUAGUUUUGUUUUUGCUUUGUGUGUGUUUUUCUUCUUUUACACAAGGUUUGGCAAUGUUUUACAAAACCGGCAAAUUAAUUUUGGCACUAACCAGGGCACUUCUUCCCUGACUGCUUUACUGUUUGAAUGGGAUUGGCAGGCAGAACAGGGUGUUGUAUCAUGUUUUUUAUGUAAUAAAACCAUUUCUACUUGU